AGCUUCCCGUCGCAUGAAGAAACCUCAUAUAAUCAACAUCAAUCGUCAUCUAGUACAUCAUCGCACGACGUGCAUAAUUUUACAUUCCCUAUACUCUAUACUGCACUUGGCUCCUUAUCGUGUCGUCGCGAGCUCACUACCCUUCCCACAUGAUCAAAGUAGACAAAAAACUAUACCACACGGACGAGCUAAUGGUUCGGAAUUUUAAGAUGAAGUGUACAGAAGCAACAGAAACUCCAGUCCGUCUUUACAGGGGAGGUGCAGCUUCUUUUUUUGUGCAGCUCAUAAUUGGAGAAAACGUCUGACUUCGUAGGAAUUUUUAAAGAAAGUCCCUACAUGGAGUAAAAAGCAAACCAGCCAUGCCUUGGGCGAAUGCUGUCUACGUUCUUCAUGCAGUUGGAACCCACCUUCGCGUGCGCGUCAAAAACGAGCAUCCACCGGGGACGAGUGCCUAAGAGCCACGAGACAACCACAGUAGCGGGGGUUCUACUAGGUGGCUGUGUCUCUGUGUUUCACCAACGGUAGAAGUUCUUCGGAGCCUCGUUUUAUCAACAAAGAUGUCCUCCGAGCUGAGCAGCAGGACACAACAAGGCCCUGGAACGGCCGAAGAGCAGGUCAUCGACAUGCUCGAGGAACAGGACCUGGUGUCGGAGGAAGUGAAGGCCUGCGUUUUCUGCAAAAAAGUGUUUCAGCCCGGGGAGUCCUUCUGCUCAGUACUGCACAAUGGCGUCGCGCAGAAUUUUCACCUUGGCUGCUUCCGCUGCUGCCGCUGCCGAGUGGGGAUCGGAAGAGGUACAUUGAAGGUUUAGGGUUUUGGGACGCCUAUUUAUGGCGCUUUGCGUUGUAUUUUGUUUGUCUGAACAACAACAAACUGAAAGAUGAUUGCACAUGAAGAUGACACAAGCCGAGCUGAAGCAGUUCGUAUCGGGGAGAAGUAAAUGAUUGAAGAUGCAGGAUGCAAAUAUAGAACUAGAAGCAACUAUGUAUAAUUAGAAGCACAAUUUCAUCUUCUCCACCCAACAGGUUCGUACCACGUACUGCCUUCCAUGGACGAUGCUGAGGAGAAGAUGCCAUCGUCUGCCACCCCAGAUGGAGCAGUUGUCAGCAAGGCUAAGGCACCCAGCGCGGCAUCACAAAAAGCUUUCACGUAUCCCACAGAAAAAAGCUGGCUGCAGGGCAUAUUUGUAAUGCAAAAAUAAAUACACAGAAAAACCUGUCAUGGGCGGCCUCAUAGCAUGCUGUUUAGCAUACGCAAUACAGAUUUUUUUGUGUAUUUAUUUUUGCAUUACAAAUGUGACCUGCCAGCUUUUUUCUGUGGGAUAUCACAGACAUGAAGUUUUUGUGCAAGUCGUGUGUGCCGCGGUGCCCGGCGUGCAUGGACCCCUUGCUCGGCGCACUCACGUGCUUCACGAUCAACGAGCUUCUGGGCGAAAUCAAGUUGCACAGCGAGUGCUUCCGCUGUUUUCUGUGCCUGAACAAGAUCGCGAAGUCGUACACCAAGGUGGACUUCGCGAAGUGCACCAACGUCGCGCGGAAACAGAUCGAAGCGAAUCUGCAGCAGGAUAUCGGCCUGGAGCGGUUGCGGGAAAAGAUGUGGCGUUCGGAGUUUUUCAAGGACCAGUCCUCCUCCAACGAGGGUGGCGCCUUGGUCGCGAGCGCGAAACAGGACGCGCGGAAGGCGAUUAUUUGCGAGCUGUGCGUCCCGCACGUGUACCCCAAGAAGCAGUGCUACUUUUGCCUGGAAGAAAUCCUCCACGAUAUGACCAAGGGGGUCCGCAGCAUGCGCAUCGACAAGGCCAUGGACUGUUUCCGCUUAGAGGAUUACCACGAACAGCAGCAGCUACAGCUGCUGCAACAGAGGCGGCAACUGUCGAGGAAAGUGGGUUUCUCAGGUCGUGGACGAGCAGGUGACCACGGAGUAGAAGCCGAAGAAGUAGGUGGAAGACCUGCAGAAGGAACAGCAGCAGGAGCAGCGGAAGAAGAGCAGGAGCUUUUGUUGUGCACGCCCACGGAGCAGCAGACAGAGACACGUCGAACAAGCCAAAAUCACUUCCAAGCCGCAUUAGGCGAUUUAGAAUCGGAAUCACACUCGUUUACGGUGGUUUCGGCACGACAAUCGCAGUCCCCCUUGCCGGCUUUCGGGCCAGAGUGGGAAAAGCUAGAAGUGCAAGAGCAAGUAUGACAUUGAUGUAGCUCAUCUAUAGAUAAUUGACCUUUGUUGUUGUUUGAUGUAGUCGGUUCGUUCCGGUUGUACAUACUUCGCUCGCACACGUGCAGAGUUCUGAAGCGUUUAUAUUGUUUCACGUCACAACAUAGCACUUUUAGAAGCUAAAUACCAAGAACUUUUCGUAACUUUUCAGAUCACGACACCGACGGUUCCGGCUGCGAAUGUGGAUGUCGAUAAAGAUUAUGCAGCUGCUGGAACAACAAGUACAAGCACGAGCAGCAGACCGAGACUGGACGCGCAGCCCGCACAUCUCACGGACGACGCGCUUCUACAAAACUUCACAAUCCGACGGGAAGAUCUGAAAAGCAAGCGGAAGCCUGAGAUGGCGACGGUCUUUUUUCACGGACACUGCUUCAAGUGCGUCCAGUGCGACAACGAAAUUGUGAAUUCCAAGAAGUUUCUGCAGAUGGGUCGCUACGAGUUUCUCUGUUCCGACUGCUUCCCGACCUGCGUGCGCUGUAAGGAGACGCUGGUGGGGGAAAAGAGCUGCACCAUCCCGCUUGGUGUUGUUCCUACGAGCAGUUCGCUGGUGACUUCUUCUGGUCCACUGCAACAGGCUCUCGCUCUUCCCGCAGGUGGGUCGUCAGGAGAAAAUGUCAACAAUAAGUCUACUGCAUCUGCGUCCCUUCAGCAGCACAGCAUCAUUCUGCACCAGCGUUGUUUCUGCUGCGACUUGUGUCAGAAGCAGAUCGACAGCGAGGAGACCUCCACAGGUAACAACAUCAACUCCGGCCAUUUCACGUUCGACAGCAGUUACUUUGAGGAUAGCCCCGCCGCGAGGGAGUUCUAUCGGAAAUGGAACAUCAGCAAGCAGAGCAGGACAAAAGCAAAUGAUACAAGUUAUCCAGCAAAUAACCGUACACUUCCGGACGGGGAGACGACCGUGGCGUGUCCCAGCUGCUACAAAGGGUUGAUGCAGGAGAAGGAAAAGUUCGUCUGCGAUUUUCUGAUGGAGGAGGAGUUCAAGAAGAGGCGGAAGCUGGAAGAGAAAAACGGCAUCUUCCAGUGGGACGAAAGGUUGCUCAAGCCCGAUUGCACACACGCCUUGCGCCAAAUACUGGAGUUUGAGGAAAGCAGUGGUUCUUUUACCAAGACCAGUACGAUGAAAAGCAACCAGGCUGCUCAUGCAUCGGUUCUUGCUGGCGUCGACGAAACAAAUAAUCACCUCAAGCUGCUUCUCGAACAGGUCUUUCACGACCAAGAACGGGAAGCAGAAGUGGGAAAAAUGGCUCAGCCUACUGUGCACCAGCCGAAAAGGUUUUGCGUUUUUUACGAGGAGGCAAUACCAGGAGCCCGAAAGGAAAGAAUAUCCCUCGUGCCGAUAAAACAAAACCCACCUUUGGAGGCGCAGACGAACAGCGGAGUAAAAGAUCCUGCUGACCCGUUUACUUUCUCAACAUCCUCCUCCGGAUCAUCGGAUUUGUACAGCGUGAAUUUGCAGUAUUUCUUCCUCUCCUUGAAGAUGCUGAGGGAAAACCACGAACCCUUCUUCAGUCUGGAUCCGGCCGACCCCACCGAUUUGAUGGGGAAACUGCAGAAAAAGCGUUUCCACCCCGAGUGGCUGGCGGACACGCUGAUGGGCGAGGUUUUGUUCCAGGCCGAUUACUUCCUGAAACAGUUCUCUUUCGGCGAAAUCACGAACAGCAGCACUGCCAGUGCGGAGCAGCGGAAGCACAGCUACAAAAUUCCGCUCCUGCCACCGGAGCUCUUUAAGGGCAGUCCCGUCCUGAAGAGCAGAGAAAUGGGAGGAACCGGAAUAACAAUAAACAAGAAGAGCGGAAACAAUAAUAGAGAAGAUCCCCAGAUGAAGCUGCAAGAAGAUGUGAACGCCGAGGCUGCCAGCUCAUCGUCCUCUACUGCGAGUCGCCAGUGGUUCGUGCUAGACGAGGCACAAGUCGUGCAGGUCGCGCGCCCAGAGGAGAUCACCGAGGAAGAGGCGGAAAAUAUGCUGAAAGAAGCAUCGAAAAGAACCAAAGAACUCUAUCGAGAAAGCAACGCAGCGAAUAAAACGAAGGACAUAUCCUAAGUAAAAAUGUCCCCACACCAGAGUCAAGAUGGGAAAUCCGCUAGACAAAUCAGCCACUUUUGGUUGUUUCGCAUGACAAGUCUGUCCUCGUAUUGUAAUCCUGUUUAGCUAGUUCCGAAGCAUCACAGAUCCAGUUUAUCAUGCUGAUUUGAGCAUAACAAAUCUCACAAAACCACUAGAAAACGCUUCCGAUGGGGCUCCGCAUGAGAAACAAUUUCAGCAAGCAGAUUUGUAUUGCAACUAUGGGGUGGGGACGUUUUUACAUUGGAUAGAACCAAGAACCUUCCGCUUCCUCCGGCUUCCUCCUCGUGCCGCGGGUGCGACUGCGCGUGGAGGCGCGACGGCUGACGCGAGACCCGGAGACCAAUACGUACAAGGAUGCGAAGUUCACGUCUUCGAAGGACCCGGCGGUGCUGCAGGCGAAGUUUUUCACGGAAAAGUUUCCGCAGAUUGCGGCGAAGGUGCCGGUAUCCUGUGCAAAAGUAUCGUACUCGUAUAAAUGCAAGUCUUGCAUUGCAAAUCUUUUUAUGAUAGCAAAUCCGCAUGACAAAUUCCAUUUCUCAUGCUAAGGAAAUUUGUAUUGCAAUAGCAAUUUAUACUAGUAGGUACGAUACUUUUGCACUUCAUAGCCGGUCGUGGCGGAGUUGAUCGAGGUGGCCCGGGCCCUGACGCUGGCGAAGUGGAUUCUGGAGAAGAAAUAUGAGAGUGCACAACUCCCCCUCCCCCUCAUUUGUGUUGCAUGAACAGCAACACAAGCGCUGGCAAAGAUGCAGCUUUUGCAUCACAAAUUCUGAGAGGACUGUGGUGCUGUUUUGGAUUCCAGAAUUUGUCAUGCAAACAGUGUUAACAGGCAAGGGGUGGAUUGGGAAUUUUGCAUGACAAAUGAGGGGGAGGGGGAGUUGUGCACUCUCAUAAGAAAGAAUUUCAAAUCGUAAACGGCGAAAAGCUGGACCUGCUCGCGCCGCAGCGGGUGUCGACGCGGAUGAAAUUUCCGAAAAGUGUCGUUGUGGAGGGCAGUGCUGGUUCUUUUGUCUCGGCGGGCGGAGUUGUCGGGAGGGACGAGAACAUGAUGAAGUUGAAGCCUGGGAGGUCCACCUUUUCGACGCGAAACAGUAAGGGAAAUCAGGCGAGGAACAAGACUAAGGCUCUGCAAGACGUCGACCGGCUCUACCUGCACAGAGAGCAUGAAAAAUCAAAUUCUGGCGCUUUCGAAGGAAGACGUGUGGCGAACACGGUGAGAAACGAUAGCUUGGUGUUCGAGGACGAAGAAGAUCAGACAGGUCCACCUGAAAAAGUAACAGCCCCGGAAGAUUUUGCCCUUGGACGAAAAGCAAGGAACGGCGAAUCCGAGGAACAGCGACCUCCUCCUGGGGAAAAAAACAACAAGUCUGCUGCUGUGAUCAGCCGAGAAAGUUUGCAACUGUUGAAAGCUACCGAUCAUUUGUCUAGGCCAGGAGAACAAGAACCAGUGGCGGCUGUGUCUAAUAGAAGUUGUACUCAACCAGCAGGAGUGCUGGAGCAAGUCCAGGGAGAUCUUUCCAAAGACGGUAGUAUCAUCUUCCCUCCGCCCCAGCAGCAGCGUCUAUCCGCAGACCAGAGGACCGUCAAUCCACCUAGCACCCCGGGCGCGGGCUCGACCACCGCUACCAACCAGGACGAUGGGGGGAAUACCACCAACCUGGAAGACGGAGGAGCGACCUACGAAGGCGCGACUAGCGGCACCGAGUCCACCGUGAGCGGAGUUGUCCAUCAUCCCAGCAGCUGCUCAACGAAUGCGGAUAUCAUGAACAAAAUCAACAGCAUCACAACCAACGACUUUCGCGUCCCGCAUUCUGACAAUUCAGCGGCUUGUCCCUCGGCAAACAGAAGUCGAAACAAGAAAUCCUCGUCCCCCACCUCAAGAAGUAGGAGAAAAGCCGCUGUUGAGAAAAAAGCGGCUUUAUCCCCCGCCCGCGCGGAAAUAAACAACGAGUUCCGACCCGCGACCACCAUGAGUGCCGGAUCCUCGAGUAUCCAUUCAAAUAGCUCCUCAGCGCCGCAGCUACCCCCCCGGACCCUGGGCUUCACGGCGGAGAGUAUGGCCAAUUUGGUUUUGGGGGCGGACAGAGGAGGUGUAACAACAACGGGUGUCAACGUGACACCAGGAGGAAUACUUGCGUCACCAUCCUCAAAUGCAAUGAAUUCCUCCCCUCGGAGGCGACGCGAAACGAUCAGCAGAACCGAUGUGUUGCGGAAGCAAACCGACGCGAACGCUUUGGAGGAUAUGAUGUUGCAAACUCGGUUCCUGCAUGGCGGAAGUAGGACGGAUAAUAAACAUAAAGCUGGUGCCAACACUUCCUCAAAUUCACCCUCUCCAAGAAGAAGUCCGGUCAGAGGUGGAGUAGAGACAAAUGCCAUGACACGUACAUCCAGAGCUGGUGCGCAUUUUUUCACAGAAGGCAGUCACAACUCCCCGGAGCCGCGGAGGAGGACGGCGGAACAGGAGGACGAUCACGAGAAGCUAAUAUCCGACAAUAGUUCAACCCCGGGCAGCAUUUCUGAACAAGAUGAACAAGAAAGCGACCGCCACAACUUCUACCCCAUGUUUAUCCCGACGCUGGCCAAGCGCACUCUGUCGUCGAAAGUCGAUUACGACAACGGCGUCCUUUCCGUUGAGCACAACACGGUCCACAUGUACGGCGGUGUCGAUUUGGGGUCCUUCCCCGCGGCCAAGAUCGACGAGACUUUCGUCCAGGGCGUGGACUUGAGCAUGCACCGCGGGAAGGAAAUCGACGAAGCCGUGGUGCAGGGGGUUGAUCUGUCCCUCAGUCCGGAUCGGAAGAAUAAUGGGACGAGGAACUUGUUGGCGAAAGAAGAAAAGGAUUUGGUUUUGUCCCCAACAACAUCUUCGACUUCCCGGCAAGAAGAGCAGCAGCAGAAAAUUUUGCGAGAAAAAACAAGUUACCAAAAUCGGAAGUCGAGGAUAAGGCUCGGGUGGAUCCACGGGACCACAGGGUCGUUGAGCAGGAAUUUGGAGACUGCGAACAAGGACAAGAACCUACUGUCCGCGAUUUUGUCGCAGAAUGUGGAACAAGCGGAGAGUUUGUGGGGGAAUGCACCAAUUCAUUUCGGGAACGACAGUUCUUCUGGUUCAAGUUCAUCUUCAGCCCUUUCAGCAGAACGCACCGCGUCUUCCUGUGAGAAUAACAGGAUCUCUCUGGAGCAUCUGUUGGCUACUGGAGGUCCGGGAGUCGGGGGAACAAGGAGGAGGCGGUGAGCAGCAGUCUGUUUCGGGGGAAAUAAAUGCAAUUUUUUGUUUUGGAAGUCGAAAAAAAAGUACGAUUUGAAACAGAAAAUAUCAAGGUUUAGAUGUGUUUUAUGAUUCCGAGAAUUUUUUACUUUAUGCCUUUUCUGUUCCUUACACUUACAUACACUAUGUACGCGCUGCGCUGGCCUUUUCAACUGUCGCAGAAUACGCACAAAAGUUUUUGAGUUUUGGUUCGCAUAUACGGUUCAUAUUGAGAAGCACUUUAUUUCACUUUUAAUAGGGACGCUGUACUUGUAUUUCACAUUCAUAGUAAAUCUGGUUGCAUUUAUUCCUAUUUGCAGCCAAUGUGUUUUUUCAGGUUGGAAAUGUUGCACACUCGAUUUUUUUUCAGUCGCAAAAAUUUUUGUAUUCCUUUUGAACAAUUUAGGGUUAAGCUUUAGCAACCCUGUAUACCUUGAGCAGAGAGAGAGCGCCAACAUGAACGUGAUUCUACAUGAUUCGUGUAUGAUGCAACGAUCAAAACAAUUCUGUAACAUACUGUCUGGUUGAAAUUGUUUCUCAUUGCCGUGCCUAC